AUGGACUGGACUGACCGUACGGUCGUCGAAGACCAGCAGAGUGUUGAUGGGUUGCGUGGGAUCGAUUUUCGCCACGAUCAGCAACCGGCACACCAACAGCAACAUCUUCUGCAGCAACCGCUUCAACAACCGCUGCUGCAACCGGUGCAGCAACUGCAUCCGUAUCUUCCGCAGUCCACGGCACCAAGCCCACUUCCACCACCUCACCACACCCCACCGGCUCUGGCCAUACCGAUUUCGGAUGCGUUGAGACAUCGAACAGCCGAGGCCGAUUCGAUAGGAUGCGUGGAAGUGCUGGCCACCGUGUGCUCGAUCGUGCUGAUGGUCCUGACCCUCCCGAUCUCGCUGUUCCUGUGCUUCAAGGUCGUGCAGGAGUACGAGCGUGCCGUCAUCUUCCGGCUCGGUCGGCUGCGAUCCGGAGGUGCCCGCGGUCCGGGUGUGUUCUUCGUACUGCCGUGCAUCGAUAACUACUGCAAGGUCGACCUGCGGACGGUUUCGUUCGAUGUGCCACCGCAGGAGGUGUUGACGCGCGACUCCGUCACCGUGUCCGUGGACGCCGUCGUGUACUACCGGAUCCGCGACCCGUUGAACGCUGUCGUGCAGGUCGCCAACUACAGCCACUCGACCCGCCUGCUGGCCGCAACGACGCUGCGGAACGUGCUCGGCACACGCAACCUGUCCGAGCUGCUGACGGAGCGAGAAGCCAUCUCGCACUCGAUGCAGGUCACGCUGGAUGAGGCCACCGAUCCGUGGGGCGUACAGGUGGAGCGUGUUGAAAUCAAGGACGUUUCGCUUCCGGACUCACUGCAGCGUUCGAUGGCGGCCGAGGCGGAAGCGGCCCGCGAAGCCCGUGCCAAGGUGAUCGCCGCCGAGGGUGAGAUGAAGUCGUCACGAGCCCUCAAGGAAGCCUCCGACAUCAUGUGCGAGAGUCCGGCCGCCCUCCAGCUGCGCUACCUGCAGACCCUGAGCAGCAUCGCCGGCGAAAAGAACUCGACGAUUGUGUUCCCGCUGCCGAUCGAGCUGAUUGGACCGCUGAUGAACUUUACCUCUUCGCUGGGGGUCCAGCGUACCACCGCUCCGGUCGGUAGGGUGGCACGCCCCGAAGGACCUUCGACCACCACUAGCUCCUCGUCCCCGCAGGCCGUCGAUCCGCAGAACCAUCAGCCGCCGCUCGAUUAGCAGCAGCUGCCGAGAGUACACUUGCAGCGACGCCACCAUCAUCAGCAUCGACGGCAUCCGCAUCACCACCACCAUCACCAGCAGCAGCAGCAGCAGCACCACCACCAACACCACCAGCGGCCACGGCAUCACCAGCCCGGCGGCGGCGACCGGAAGCCCAGCGAAUCCGGCGCCACGUCGUACUCCGCAUCCUCGGCGGAAGAUUCUGCCCUCUGCUCGCCCACCAACCGUUUGGCACGAUUCAUUCUAGACCUCUAGGUCGAACACGGCGGACGGGCUUCGGUUCAGUCCUUCUGCUGAAAGCCUUAAACAACGAUGGAAUUAAAUAUACAUAAAUUAAUAUACCAAGCCGUUGGAACGAAAAAGGGAGGGGAAAGGUUUCCGGUUUCCAUCCGUAUUGAUCGAGCCACACAAUUUACACAUACGCACUAGUUGUUGGUGUUUACCAUGUUAUAAUUUUGUUUUUACUAUCCUUUUUUGAAUGUAUUUUAACGUUAACCGUAUCGAAGAUUGUAAAUAAAGUCUUAUUCGU